CCGGGCGGCCUUGAAAUAGCCGCGGCGGGCUCCUCGCUGCGCAGUGCCCCGGCUCCCCGCACCAUGGGUGGCAAGAAAGUCUGCAUCGUGGGCUCCGGCAACUGGGGCUCGGCCAUCGCCAAGAUCGCCGGCAGCAACGCGGCGCGGCUGAGCGGCUUCGAGAGCCAGGUGAGGAUGUGGGUGCUGCAGGAGGAGGUGGGCGGCCGGCGCCUCACGGACAUCAUCAACACGGAGCACGAGAACGUCAAGUACCUGCCCGGGCACAAACUGCCCCCCAACGUGGUGGCAGAGCCAGACCUGCUGAAAGCCUGUGCUGAGGCUGACAUCCUCCUGUUUGUGGUGCCCCACCAGUUUAUUGGCAAAGUCUGUGACCAGCUCCAGGGCCACGUGAAGAAAAAUGCUGUUGGGAUGUCACUCAUCAAGGGGGUGGAUGAAGGACCAGAUGGGCUGAGGCUGAUCUCAGACAUUAUCCAUGAGAAACUGGGCAUAGAGAUGAGCGUCCUCAUGGGGGCCAAUAUUGCUAAUGAAGUGGCAGACGAGAAGUUCUGCGAAACGACCAUCGGCUGCAAGAACCUGCAGCACGGGCAGAUGCUGAAGGAGCUGAUGCAGACACCGAACUUCCGAGUGACAGUGGUGGAGGAGGCUGACACCGUGGAGAUCUGUGGGGCUCUCAAGAACGUUGUGGCUGUAGGAGCUGGUUUCUGUGACGGGCUGGGCUAUGGAGACAACACCAAGGCUGCCGUGAUCCGUCUGGGACUGAUGGAGAUGAUUGGCUUUGCCAAACUCUUCUGCAAGGGCCCUGUCACCUCCUCCACCUUCCUGCAGAGCUGUGGGGUUGCUGACCUCAUCACCACCUGCUACGGGGGCCGCAACAGAAGGGUGGCUGAGGCUUUUGCCAAGACUGGGAAGUCUAUUGAGCAGCUGGAGAAGGAGAUGUUGAACGGGCAGAAGCUGCAGGGUCCCCAGACGUCUGCUGAGCUGCAUCGCAUCCUGAAGAGCAAGAACGUGGUGGAGAAGUUCCCCCUCUUCACAGCUGUGUAUCAGAUCUGCUACGAGGGCAAACCUGUCACUGAUGUCAUCAAGUGUCUGCAGAACCACCCUGAGCACAUGUGAGGGGGCUGCAGAGCCUCUGACCCUGCCGAGAGGAGCAGAGAGCUCCUGCCCACGCCAGCCUGCUCUGCUGCUGCAGCUGUGGAAGGAGUCUGGAUUUCCUGGGAGCCUUUGCAGCGUGUUGGAAGGGCAGAGGUUCCCUUUCUCAGCCCUGGACACUGCCAGCCUGAGCCUGGCAUCUGCACAGAGGUACCUGCUGACCUCCCCCUCUCUUUGAAGGGCUCAUUUAGCUUCUGCUGCUCUCUGGGGUCUGCCCUGAGUGGGGCUGAGCAUCUUCCUCCUUCCACUUCCUCCUGCUGUGGUGGAUUCAGUUAUCUGAGGGACUCUGCCAGGUCAUCUUGAGCAAGCCUGGGAGGACAAGCUUUGCUAUUAGCCCCAUGGGGGCCACCUGGCAUGAUACCAGCCCUUCCCUGCUUGCUGUCCUUGCUUUUGGCUUAACUCUUUCGUGGAGAGGACACAGGUCCCUGCCAGGCUCCACCAGGGUGAGCAAAGCUCCUCAGGACUUGCCAAGGGGCUGAGAAUCACUCUUCUUCCUAAGAAGCACCAGCCCAGAAAAGAGCAUCCUUUGCCACCUGCUGCUUCCCCAGCCAUGCUGAGCUGCUCCUGCUGGAGGACACAGCCAGUGCUGUGGGUGGGAGGACUUCACAGCUGGUUCAUUUAGAUUUUUUUCCCCCUCCCAGUCAUCCCUGGCCCCUGCACCUGGGGAACUCCCCUGUUGUCACAGAGUUGCCUGUGCUAAUUCCAUGCCUGCUGACUGUCCCUGGGAAGCCUUUCUCCCUCCUCUGGCUUUGGCAAUGCAGGGACCAACUGCCCCAGAGUCUUUCUGAGCAGCUGGCAGGCUGUGUGACCCCUGCCACUGGACCUGACAAAGCAGUUGGGUCGUGCUGCUUUCAGAUGAAUGAUCCACAGCAGCUUUUUGCCUUCUCUCUGGCUUGCUCCAGUCUGUGCCUUAGCCUGGUCUUUGCUUCUGCACGUGGCUUGAUAGGAUCUGAGAAAGCAGGUCCCACACACACUUACUUUCCCUGCUGCCCCUGCUGUAAGGAUGCUGGAAACUGCCCAACGUGCUGAUCUGCCAGAGGUACAGGGAGACCUCCAACAUCACAGGAGAGGACAGAGGUCUCCUGCCUCCUGUUGUGCCUUUGAAACUUGCCCCUUGUCCAGCUGGGUGCCACGUGCCUUUCUGCUCCUCUGAAGCUGCUCAUUCCACUCAUGUUUGCUCAGGCCAGCGUGUCCAGCAGUUCGCUGACCCCUGUCUGGGCAGGCAGGCUGAGCUGCUGCAGGUCUGCCCACCCCUGCCUGGGUCUCUGGCCAGCAGUGCACCUCACAACACUUAAAAUAAACUUGGAGAGGAGGAGGGA